GCGGCAACAGCCUGCGGAGAACCAAUCAGCGUGGGCCACGGUAAGAUUUUGUCGCCCUCUCUUCUAGCGCUGUGCAUGACAAGAAAUUGGAGAGGUGCACAGAGAACUAUGAGACUUUUACUUGCUCUGUUGGGGUGUUCCCUGGUCUUUAUGGCCCAAGGCUUCUACUCUGCUAGCGAUGAUGUGGUUGAACUCAACCCCUCCAACUUCAACCAGGAGGUUCUUCAGAGCGACAGCUUAUGGCUCAUCGAAUUUUACGCACCUUGGUGUGGCCACUGCCAGAGUCUGACUGCUGACUGGAAGAAAACAGCUACAGCCUUGAAGGGGAUUGUUAAGGUCGGUGCGGUGGACGCCGACCAGCACAACUCCCUGGGUGGUCAGUACAGUGUCAGAGGCUUCCCCACCAUCAAGAUCUUCGGUGCCAAUAAGAACAAGCCCGACGAUUACCAAGGUGGGCGCAAUAGCCAGGCCAUUGUGGACGGGGCCCUGAAUGCUCUUCACACUCUGGUGAAGGACAGGAUGAGUGGCAGGUCGGGUGGCUCUGACUACAGUAGACAGAGUGGAGGCGGUGGUGGUGGCGGCGGCGGCAGUAAGAAAGAUGUUGUGGAGCUGACCGACGACAACUUUGACCGGCUGGUUCUGAACAGUGGUGAAGUGUGGCUAGUGGAGUUCUUUGCCCCUUGGUGUGGCCACUGCAAGAGCCUGGAGCCUGAGUGGGCGGCUGCAGCCUCGGCCGUCAAGGAGCAGACCAAGGACAAGGUCCACCUUGGAGCAGUGGAUGCCACCGUGCACCAAGGUCUGGCCAGCCGCUAUGGGAUCCGUGGAUUUCCCACCAUUAAGAUCUUCAAGAAGGGGGAGGAGCCUGAGGACUACCAGGGGGGGAGGACCCGAGGUGACAUCAUUGCCGGGGCUCUGGACCUGUUCUCCGACAAUGCAGCUCCUCCGGAGCUGCUCGAGAUCCUUAACGCAGAUGUCCUGAAGAAGACGUGCGAUGAUUACCAGCUCUGUGUCAUCGCUGUGCUGCCCCACAUCCUGGACACAGGUGCAGCAGGCAGGAAUGGCUACUUGGAGGUGAUGAUGAAGAUGGCAGAGAAGUACAAGAAGAAGAUGUGGGGCUGGCUGUGGACUGAGGCUGGUGUUCAGAUGGAUCUGGAGGCGUCGCUGGGCAUCGGAGGGUUCGGCUACCCUGCCAUGGCGGCCAUCAACGCCCGCAAGAUGAAGUUCGCCCUGCUCAAGGGCUCGUUCAGCGAGACUGGCAUUCACGAGUUCCUCAGGGAUCUGUCUGUAGGCCGCGGCUCCACUGCUACCGUCGGGGGCGGGGCUUUGCCUAAUAUCAACGCUGUCGAGGCCUGGGACGGCAAAGACGGAGAGCUUCCCGUGGAGGAUGACUACGACCUGAGUGACGUGGACCUAGACGACAACUUUGGCAAGGACGAGUUGUGAGCCCAGCGUUCCGGUUUAAUGACAUCUUGUCUGUCUGGUCUACCUCGGCGUGGCCAGUCUCUCCUCUCCUGUGGAGCAAGUUGGAGACUGGGUCGCCCUGUUACUGAAAUACCCCAGAAGAUAAAAUCAAGGGGAGGUUGGCUCAUAAUAAUAGCUGUAACGUUACAACCAUGUGUUUGAGUUCGAUACCAUUCAACUUCUAACGUUCCAACCAUUACUAUGAACCCGUCCUCCCCCAUUUAGAGGCCACCAACUUCCUGUGAAUUGAACAGGGUCAGAAAGACACGUGCAGCUUCUCACAUCGGCCGAGUUCCACUGCUUAGAUAUUGCCAGAUCUUACAACGCCUGUAUAGGUAAAAUAUCUAUGAGCUGUCGAUGUCUGUAAGACUCCGCCUCACAGACCUGCUGAAUAUUAGUCACUGCAUUAAUUAUGCAGGCCCUACCUUUUUGGAAAGAGUUAAGGGGUUUCUGAAUAUGGCUGUCCAGUUGGAACAUUCCUUUCUGCAACCGUCCCCUCUUCCUUGUUUCGCCACUCUGACGUCAAGCUAAUCAGACAUGGUUGUAUCCGAUUUCACUUUCAUGCCCGGCCUGUUGUGACUAUAUAUAUUUUGGGGAUUUAGUUGUCGUAUUUUUAUUUUAUUCUGUCGAUGAGCACGUCAGUGUCUGUGCAGGACAAAGGGCAAUACCGUGGGACGACUUGUUUUUCUUACACAACUUUAUUUAGAUUGUGAAACAAAAUUAAGUUUUUGUUACAAAAUAAAAAGAGAAUACUGUUUCAUCAUUA